AUGGCUCAUCUAGAGAUUAUCAUAGAGAGGGAGCGUGAAGAUAGGUACUCUGGUAGGGAGCGAAGAGGCGGCGAAAGAGAAUGGGAUAGAGAUCGCGGAGCAGCGAGGCGAGAUGCUAGAAGGGACGAUGAUGAAAGACCGCCGCGCAGAGAUAACAGAGAUCUAUUCGACGAUAGACGUGGUGGUGGAGGUGGAGGUGGCAGAAGGGGUGGUGAGCGAGGCGACCGAGGUGAUCGACGAGACCGUGGAGACCGUGGAGAUGACGGAGGAUUCGCAGCUCAACGAGCUGCAAAACGAGACAAGAGCCCAACUCCUCCACCGAAGAAGAAGGAGCCGACACCUGAUCUGACGGAUAUUGUACCAAUCUUGGAGCGCAAAAGGAGAUUGACACAAUGGGAUAUUAAGCCCCCAGGAUAUGAGAAUGUCACUGCUGAGCAAGCUAAACUUUCGGGCAUGUUCCCGCUUCCAGGAGCACCAAGGCAACAACCAAUGGAUCCAAGCAAGCUACAAGCUUUCAUGGCACAACCCAGCGGAUCAGUCACUAAUGCAGCUCUUAAACCUUCGAACUCUAGACAAUCGAAACGUCUCCUUGUGCAUAACAUUCCCGCCGAUACCAAGGAAGAGACUCUUGUUGGGUUCUUCAACCUUCAGCUCAAUGGAUUAAACGUUAUAGAAGGCUCCGAUCCUUGUAUCUCAGCACAAGUCUCAAAGGAUGGUUCAUUUGCUUUACUCGAAUUCAAGACACAAUCCGACGCUACUGUUGCUCUAGCAUUGGACGGUAUUACUAUGGAGAACAAUGACCACAUGGUAACAGGAAAUGGCUCCGCAGAUACCCAAGGUCUUUCCAUUCGUCGUCCAAAAGAUUACAUUGUGCCCGCGGUCACUGAUGAAACACCAUUCGAGCCAGGUGUAGUUUCUAAUAUUGUACCCGACACUCAAAACAAGAUCAGCGUUGCUAACAUCCCCCACUACUUAAAUGAUGAGCAAGUUACGGAGCUCUUGGUGUCUUUCGGGGAGCUAAAGGCCUUCGUAUUGGUCAAGGAUAGCAAUACUGAUGAAUCAAGGGGAAUUGCUUUCUGUGAAUACGUGGAUCCUGCUGCAACUGACAUUGCUGUCGAGGGUCUUAAUGGUAUGGAGCUUGGUGAUAAACAUCUCAAGGUUCAGAGAGCUAGUAUCGGUAACACCCAAGUUUCCGGCUUGGAGAUGAGCGUCAAUGCUAUGUCUAUGCUUGCUGGUACCACAUCACAGGAUCUCGAAAAUGGCAGAGUAUUACAAUUACUUAACAUGGUGACUCCCGAAGAACUUAUUGAUAAUGAAGAUUAUGAGGAAAUUUGCGAAGAUGUAAAGGAAGAAUGCGAGAAAUAUGGAAAAGUUCUUGAAAUGAAGGUUCCAAGACCAACUGGUGGCAGCAGGCAAUCAACUGGUGUUGGUAAGAUCUUCGUGAAGUUUGACACUCCAGACUCAGCAGGCAAGGCUCUUAAGGCCCUAGCAGGCAGGAAAUUCGCAGACCGUACUGUGGUUACUACAUAUUUCCCAGAGGAUGAUGAUGAUUAUUGA